AAGCCUAUGCAUAUAAUAGCCUAGCUUAAGAACCACCACACAACUCAGUCAUGUUGAUCGUUUGUUUUCGUGAACGGCCGAAUGGUGCUUCGCUUUAAAUGUUGCUGCCGCAAGGAAUUGUGGGACGGCAUUAUCUUCUUUCCUUUUAUAAAGGAUGGUCCAGUGUACCCUAUGCUAAAGGAGAUAAGAAAGGAAGCAUUGAAGCACCUUUCCUUAGCAUUUAGAGAAUUCGACCAGCUCUUAUCAUGGCUGCCACUUAGAUAUUUCCGGGUCAUUUCAUUCAGUUAGGAACCUUCCUAAGCAAAAAAACUAUUCGGACACAGCUUGAAUUUCUGACUGAACCCAAGAAAGAUUCAACAGAGGAGUGACUUGCUUAGGCAAGUAUAUACAAUUUAUGGUGUUAUCAAGCACACAGAUAAGGCAGAUAAACCCAGCAUUUAACGAAAUGUCAGCUAGUGUCUGUUUCUUGGCUUUAUACAUGUUCACCUUUAAGUAAGUAAAGUUUUAUUUUUGAGAUUAAAUGAUUAAUUAGUUGUACAAAUAAUUAUUGUUAAAAUAACACUGCAGGUGGGCUCUAAAGAAAGACAGUUCAGAAGCUUUGUGACCGCUGAAUCAGAGCCAUUGCCACCAGCCUACUGAUGCCCUAUGAUUUAUGACAGCAGGGGACCCAUUACCACAGUCUCAGGCAGACAGACACGCAUGCAUCAGUGCUACUUCCACCGAUGACAUUUUCGAGGUCAGCUGGUGGCUUAUUUAUCUGAGGAAGAUGGCAUUAAAAAAUCAGCUACUUCCUCCCCCUUUGUGCUCUUUUGCUGGUAAGUAGUACACAGGAGGGUAGCUGCAGUAUGGGAAUAACAUCAUUACCUGAAUACAGCUCAAGGACAGCUAUUACAGCCCUCCAUUCUGGCUCUCCUCAUAAAGAUGUCGUGUUAAAUCUUGCAGGGUGCUGGGGCAUAUGUGGAUUGACAUCAUGAUUAUUAAAAGGUGAGCUUGUAGCUGGUCUCCCCCAGGCUCUUCGGGGGAUUCUCCUCUUCUGUUAACCAAUGAUGCAUCACAUGUUCCUGGACAUGUUCAUGUACACAUCUGCUGAAGUCUUUAAUUAUUUGGUAAUUUUUUCUUCGAUAUGUAAAAUGUCCAUGUAAACUAACAUGAAAGUGCUGAGUGAGGUGAAUAAUUAACAAGAUCAGUAUAUCCACAUUUUUUACAGUUAUCACCAUUUCUAGGUGAUGGAAUGGAAACUAUUUGCCUACUUGUUAUUUUAAGAUAAAGACAUGAAUACUUGCAGAUGGGUAUGGGAUCACUGCUUUUCUACUUCAUUAAGCUAAACCUUUCUGCACAAUUUCUGUUAAAUUGUUAAAUGGUUGCCAUAAGGUUGUACAACUGUUGUCACAAUUUUUAUAAACAUUUUUUAUAAACAAUGAAAAUACCAUACUAUUACAAAAAUGCAUUUCACAUGGUAAGCAAACACCACUAACUUAGGCACAGUUGCAAUAAUAAAAGCUGCAAGCCUGAAGACCUGUACACAAAAGGGAGGGAAGGGUUUGUUUGUCAGACUUUUUGUUUGUUUGUUUAAAUAGAAAUAUUGAUGUAGUCUGAAAAGUUUUUAGGCAUUGCAGGAGAUAGCCAAUGAGUCUUCCGGACUGAUUAAGGUGUGAAUACGUGUGGCAUUGUUCUUUUUGUAAAGCUAUUGCUUAUUAAUCAAAAUCUUAACCCUAACCCUAACUUCUUUGCUCAUUUUUAUCAAGGGUUUAAAUCAUUUGGGAGGUCAUCGGAAGUUUUAGUAUUGUGAUAUGCACUCACACGCACACACACACUCCAAAUCCAGAUAAAUAUAACACACAUCCAGUUAUAUAAGACCAACAUCUAUCCAUUUCCAGAGGAAGGAGCAGAACAGGAUCUGAAAAGGCUAGUCAUUGUGUGGUCACUUUCUUUUGCCUGUAGACUAGUCUCUCCUCUUGUCGAUUUAUAUUACUAAGUCACUGAUCAUUAGAACAUUGAACAGGAGAACAGCACCCAGUGUCAGCUGAUCAGAAAUAUCUAGCAGUACCUCUCUUUUUUCCCUCACACCAUCAUUCCUAAUCAUUCAUAAAAUAGUUUCUUUCUGUUCUGGAAUAACACGUUUUUUGAAAUGCAAAAAAAACCCCCAGCAAAAAUAGGAAAAUAAUUUGAUGAAAGGGACACUGAAAUGGCAUAGAUAAAUAUAAUCAAGCUUUAUCAUCACUGUCAGCAAGUUCCUACUCUGUUCCAACCGUGUCAUUGGCUGACUGAGCUGAUGACGGCUUGCUGGCAGCCAAAUAUAAACUCCCUGUUCUUCAGUUUGAGAGACACUGUUGAUAACACUCCACCAGCUUCAAGGAAAUACAUCCUUUUUUCUCUGCCAACAGUAAUGUGCAAAAGAAUUGCAUCCCUACCAUCCACGUGCCUGGAGAGGGCAAAGGGAAUAAAGGCAUGCUUAUGUAGAUUUCUCCAGAAGCCAGAUCGGAGCGCUCUGGGCCACUCAAUCAAAACUAAAAAACAAAGGUCAACCAACGAGGAAUCCCUCACGUGCAGGAUUUCUUUUGAAAAACUUUUGUCAAAUAAUUGUGGACUGUCUGCCUUUAGAGCUUUCCUGAUGGCUGAGUUCAGUGAGGAAAACCUUGCUUUUUACCUAGCCUGUGAGGAAUACAGAAUAAUCAAGUCCUCUGCCACACUGUCAGCCGAGGCAAAGAGCAUCUAUGAUGAAUUCAUAGUGGAUGGUGCACCACAAGAGGUCAAUAUUGAUCAUGAGACGAGAUGUGUCACAAAAUGCAACUUAGAACGGCCUACCCUGACCUGCUUCGACUUAGCUCAGCACCAAAUAUACACCCUUAUGGAGAAAGACUGCUACCCACGCUUUCUGAGGUCCGCAGCGUACCAAGACCUCCUUAAAACCCAAAGCAACUGGCAGCAGUGGCAUGCUACGAAGACAAGCUCUUGAAGAUGCUAAGGCAUGUGUCAGACCAGGAAAAAUGCAUCUCCUUAAGAGAGAUGCCCAGGCAUGACAGGGCCACUCACCGAGGAUGUGAGACACUGGCCCUGCCACGAGAGGCUCAGUGCAAUGAUCUCAGGUGCCUGUUUAUAACGGCGUCAGACACCAAAUACCAAAGAGUUCUGUAACACUGAGGCUGUGCUCUGCACCAGCGAUGUGGUGACAUCUUGUUGAGAACAGAGCAUGAGAAAGGAGAAAGGCUAAAAAGUAUACUUGUCACUACGAGUGACCAUUUAGGAGGCAUUCUGUGAAUAUUUGAUGGGUGGAAAUCGGAGGAGAGUAGACCUGGAGAACCACUCACAUUUAUGAAAUAUAAAUGUUAUUAUUUCCAUGUCAGUUAUGAAAAUAUGGACACAGCAUUAUGCAAGUAUUUAACAUUACUAGACAGGGGUACUGUUUAUUUACCACAUUUUUAAACAAAAGUGAAUGAAAUGCAAUUUUUUUUCUAAAAGGGAUAAAUCUAAUAACUAAUCUUUUGAACCAUCUAACAUUAACAAUGUGUAUUACUUAGAACUUGAAUGCAUGUAAGAAGACUAAAAAUAAGUCCAGUGCUCCAACAAAAGUAGCAUCUGGUGCAGUGCAGUCCAAGCUUUCAACUUUACAAUCCCAGUUUUAAUUUUGUUACUGUGAUUGCAUAAUGGAACGUUUCCGACUAGACAUAAUAAAGCACUAAUGGUUUGACAGAA